AUGAAGCUCACCAGCAUGAGACCUCGAAAAAUUGAGGUCGAACCCGGUACCAUCAUGAACUUCUGGGCUCCAACCCGAAUUCCAAACAAAAACAAGAACGCGGUCGUCUUCCUUCACGACUUUGUCGGUGACGGCAUGAUCACAUGGCAGUUCCAGGUGCUUGCGCUUUUGAGGAAGUACGCCAUCUACGUGCCGGACCUCCUCUUCUUUGGUGGCUCUGCCACUGGCGACAGCCGCCAGACGGUGGACUUCCAUGCAGAAUGUGUGGCGAAGGGGCUGGUGGCGCUUGGGUUGCAGCGGUGCACUAUGGUAGGGUUCAGCUACGGCGGGAUGGUGGCGUUCAAGUUGGCCAAGUUGCGGCCCGAGUUGGUGGAGUCGGUGGUGGCCACGUGCUCCAUACCAGCACUGACUGAGUCGAUAAGCAAGGAGUGCUUGCAGAGACUGGGGUUUCCGAGAUGGUCAGAGCUUUUGUUGCCUAAUUCUGUAGAUGGGGUGAAGAAAUUGUUUGAAAUGAAGAAAUUGUUUUCUCUCGAAAUGAAGAGUUCCCUUCUACCGUUAUGGUAG